UUUUCAUACAGACUUGAGCCACAACCGGAAUCUUAUCUGAUACGCUUGAGCGACAACCGCUGGUUGUUAUCUAGUGUGUCUGAAUUUAAAUCGAAAGAAAAAAAUACAAUUUAUUGCUUGGCGAUCCAACGAUUGGAACACCGUGGCAUCGGUCAGCACUCGGCAGAAUAAAUAGAUAAGACAGAUUGAAGUGUUAAUUCAGUUACGCUGUGGACCUCAUCUGUAGAUGAUGAUCGGAAGAGAAGUUGCAAUGAAGCACAAUUGGUUGAAGGUGAUUUGCGUUUUUGGUGCCUUUUUGCUUCCCAAGGCAACGCCGGUGGACGGUAGUCGAAUAUUAUGCAUUUAUCCCAGCCCGGGCCGGUCGCAUGUGAUAGUUGGACAGGCGCUGCUGAAAGGCCUCGCCGAACGUGGCCAUCAGGUCACAAUGGUUAGCCCUUUCAAGCUUUCGAAACCGGUUAAGAACUAUCGGGAAGUCGUUGUUCCGGUGGAUGAUUACGUCAGCAAAAUGACAAAAAGUUUUCUCGAGAAACCACCAAACAUGCUGACAGCGUUUCCAAACAUGAUGCAGAAAAUGCUAGCAGUUGCCAAUGAUACGGUUAAUUAUCCCGCUUUUGUGGAACUAAAAAAGGAGAAAUUCGAUCUGGUGAUUGUGGGACUGUUCAUGGCAGAUUUUGUUUUAGGUUAUGGUACCUAUUUCGGAGCUCCGACUGUGGUUCUGUGGACUGGCGGCAAUACUAAAUUCACGUCGGAUCUCGUAGGAAACCCAAGGGCGAUUGAAAGUGCCGCCAACAUGUUGCUUGGGCCACAAGAUGUCACUAAAUUCACUUCUCGACUGAAAAGUUUUCUGAUCGCAAGUGUCGAGAAUGUGUUCACUGCUUAUGGUAUGUAUAAACAAAAGCCAUACUACGAUUGGAAUUUUCCGUCCGAUCGCUAUCCUAGUUACGCGGAGGUCCGAAGGAAUGUUUCGUUGGUUUUGUUGAAUACGCAUUUCUCCCAUGGAGGUGCCAGGCCGUAUCUGCAGAAUAUGGUCGAAGUUGGUGGGUUGCAGAUCAAACCAAAACCGGAUCCUCUUCCGAAGGAUAUUCAGGAGUGGCUGGAUGGAGCGGGCGAGCAUGGUGCUAUCUACUUUUGUUUGGGAUCGAAUCUAAAAUCAGCCGAUCUGCCAGUGGAGAAAAUGGAAAUUUUUGUAAAAAGUUUAGGAAAACUGAAGCAGCGCAUCCUGUGGAAGUGGGAAACGGACAGUUUUCCCGGUCAGCCAGCUAAUGUUAUGGCGAAAAAAUGGUUACCACAGGACGAUGUCCUUGCGCACAAGAACGUUGUUUUGUUCAUUGCUCACGGUGGACUGGGAGGAAUUGCCGAAGCUCGGUAUCAUGGAGUUCCGAUUCUGGGAAUUCCAAUCUUUGCGGAACAGGCAGGAAAUAUGCGCACCGUGCAACAGGAAGGUUGGGGACUGGAGGUGGAUUACAUGAAUCUUAAUGCGGUAACGUUUGAAGGAAUGGUAAAAGACGUUCUAACGAAUCCGGUUUAUCGCCAGAAGGCUAAGCAAAUUUCGGCUGUCUAUCGGGAUCGUCCCCAAACGGCGAUGGAGACGGCCUGCUACUGGAUCGAGUACGUAAUCCGACACCGAGGAGCCACUCAUAUGCACUACCAGGGAGCGGAUCUAAGCUUUAUCCAAAUGCUGAUGCUGGAUGUGAUAGCAGUGAUAGGACUGGUGCUGUUUUUGAUUUUUAAAAUCUUAGCGUUUGUAGGGAAACGAGCAGUAAGGCUCAUUUGUGGAGGACGAAAGAAGCAAAAGGUUCAUUAGGUAAAAACUGUAAAAUUAACAAUGUAAUGGAAAAAAUAUGUUCAUCAAGAACCAGACUUAACUUUCGAAAAUAAUGCUCAAUCAUUUAGCACAGCGUGCAAACUCAUUCCUUCGUUCUAUCUUAUCAGGUGUCUCUCGUUAUCGGUUUGAUAAAGCACAUCGUAGAGUAACAUAGGGAAA